CGCGGCGCUGCCGCUCCCCCUGCGCGGGCCCCGGCGCGGAGCCGGGCGCGCCCGGCGGAGCCGAGCGGCGGAGUUGCGUUCUCGGAGUUUGCCCCAACUCCGCGGCCUCGGCUGCGGAGCUGCAGCUUUCCCGCUGCCUCCUCCUCCUCCUCCUCCCUUCCUCUCUCCUCCUCCUCCUCCUCCUCCUCCCCGUGGGUGUUUUUUUUUUUUUUUUCCUCUCUCCCCUCCUCCCCUCUCCCCCCGCGCUGAUUUCCCUCCCCUCCGCCCGCCCUGCCUGUGUGUUUUCGCCGCCGCGCUCGCCGAGCCCCUUGGCAUGAGUUAAGCACCAGCCAUGGACACCAAACACUUCCUGCCGCUGGAUUUCUCCAACCAGGUGAAUUCCACGUCCCUGAACUCCCCCACGAGCCGGGGGCCCAUGGCCACCCCGUCCUUGCACCCGUCCAUCGGGCCGGGCAUCGGCUCCUCGCUGGGCUCGCCGGGCCAGCUGCACUCGCCCAUCAGCACCCUGAGCUCGCCCAUCAAUGGCAUGGGCCCCCCGUUCUCCGUCAUCAGCUCCCCCAUGGGCCCACACUCGAUGUCUGUCCCCUCCACGCCCAGCCUGGGAUUCGGCACCAGCAGCCCACAGCUCAACUCGCCCAUGAACUCCGUCACCAGCACAGAAGACAUCAAGCCACCCCUGGGGCUCAAUGGAGUCCUCAAAGUGCCAGCACACCCCUCAGGAACGAUGGCCUCCUUCACCAAGCACAUAUGUGCCAUCUGCGGGGACAGAUCUUCGGGUAAACAUUACGGGGUUUACAGCUGUGAGGGCUGCAAAGGCUUCUUCAAGCGCACGGUGCGGAAGGACCUGACCUACACGUGCCGGGACAACAAGGACUGCCUGAUCGACAAGCGCCAGCGCAACCGCUGCCAGUACUGCCGCUACCAGAAGUGUCUGGCCAUGGGCAUGAAGAGAGAAGCCGUGCAGGAGGAGAGGCAGCGGGGGAAGGACCGCAACGAGAACGAGGUGGAGUCCACCAGCAGCGCCAACGAGGACAUGCCCGUGGAGAAGAUCCUGGAGGCUGAGCUCGCCGUGGAGCCAAAGACAGAGACCUACAUCGAGGCAAACAUGGGCCUGACCCCCAGCUCGCCCAAUGACCCGGUGACAAACAUCUGCCAGGCAGCAGACAAACAGCUCUUCACCCUGGUGGAGUGGGCCAAGAGGAUCCCCCACUUCUCCGAGCUGCCCCUGGAUGACCAGGUCAUCUUGCUCAGAGCAGGGUGGAACGAGCUCCUAAUUGCCUCCUUCUCCCACCGCUCCAUAGCCGUGAAGGACGGGAUCCUGCUGGCCACGGGGCUGCACGUGCACCGGAACAGCGCCCACAGCGCCGGCGUCGGGGCCAUCUUCGACAGAGUACUGACAGAACUGGUGUCCAAAAUGAGGGACAUGCUGAUGGACAAGACAGAGCUGGGCUGCCUGCGAGCCAUCGUCCUCUUCAACCCCGACUCCAAGGGGCUGUCGAACCCAGCAGAGGUGGAGGCACUGCGGGAGAAGGUGUAUGCAUCGCUAGAGGCUUACUGCAAACACAAAUACCCCGACCAGCCCGGCAGGUUUGCCAAGCUCCUGCUCCGCCUCCCAGCCCUUCGAUCCAUCGGCCUCAAAUGCCUGGAGCACCUCUUCUUCUUCAAGCUAAUAGGCGACACGCCCAUCGACACCUUCUUGAUGGAGAUGCUGGAAGCGCCGCACCAAAUGACUUAGAGACCUCUGCUGGGUCAGUCCCUCGCCCGGCCGGGCUCCCUCGGGGCCCUUUUUCUGCUUUCCUCGGCCCCCCAGCCCGUGUCCCUCGUCUGCUCCGGGGGACCCCCAGGCCCCUCGUCUGCCCCCCUGUCCGUUCGCUGUCACUGCUGCGUCUCCAGACCUGCUCGCUGCUUCCCCGUGCUGCCCGUAGAGAAGUGGGAGCGGAGAGAGCUUUGCCAACCCCCUCGCCGUGCCAUGAGGUUUGGGAUGAGCCACCACGGGCUGGUGUCACCCCCCUGCUCCCCCCCACUCCCGUGGGGACAAGGACGGUGCCAGCCCCUCGGGGCAGUGGGGUUUGGACGAGCCUGAGGGGGAGUGGUUGGACUCUGCCAGAUUGCAGCUGGGCUAUUUUCAGAGGAUGGAGUUUUUGGAAAAAAGAGAAGAAGAAGACAAAAAAAAAAAAAAAAAAGAAAAAAAAAGAAAAAAAAUUCUAUUUUUGGUUUUUAACUAUUCUUAGUAGUCUCGGUAGUUACUUUGCGGAGGGAGAGGCGGUGCCCCCUGAAUGAGUCACCCGUGGCUGCACAGAGCCUUCUCCUUCCUCUUCCUGAGGAUUUGGGAUUGAGCUGAAUCCCAAAACACGGCGGGUGGCGCAGGAAAUGCCCUUUGGCCACCCCGGAGGGCGCCAGGGCAUCGCUGCCCACCCCAAAGGUGUGGAGUGAGCCAGCUGCAGCACUUGCUUUAAGGCUGCCAGGGACUCCCCGUGGCCCUGGCCCAGCUCCUGGGGGCUUGCUGCCCUCAGCAGGGCAUCCCAGUUUAUCCCAGUGCCGCCCCAGUUCAUCCCAGUGCUGCCCCAGCAUCCUGCUCUGACCCCACUCCAGCAUUUCAGGGUUUUGGCUCGCCCAGGAGGCUGCUCCUGUUCUUUCAGCUCUGCAAAACAUUGCAAAGCAACAAUUAGUGGGAGUGCUCGGCCAGGCUGCUUAAUUGCAGCUGUUAAUUAGUGGUGAAGCAAGAACAGGGCUCCCCCUGCCCUGGAUCUCCCCUGUGGGGGCUGGGUGGGGGAUGUGGCAGCACCAUCCUCCCUGUCCUCUCCGGGAUUCUGGGAGCACCAAAAGCACCUUGGCUUUGCACAACCCUUUCCUUGAGUCUUGGUGUGACAGCGGGGAGCUGGGCAGGGUUUGGGGACAGGGGUGUGUCCCCCCAGCCCCACGGGAUGGGAUUCCCCCAGGAGUGUGUGGCCAGAGGUCAGCGUGGGAGAGAUCCCCCCCUUCACCUCCUCAUCAGGUGUCUCCAGUUUGCCCCACCGAAAACACGAGUUGGAGAAAAAACAAAGCAGAGGGAAUGAUGAGGGAUUUUGGGAGGGGUUUUCCCCCUGAGAAGGAGGUGCCUGUGGCCAGGGGCUUCCCCAGCAUUUCCACAUUCUCUGUGCUUUAAAAAGCA